UCGGGCAGUGGGUUAUUUAUACACAGAGCAGAGCUGUGAGAGCAACAUGGCGACGUGCAGGCAGGUGAUAUUGGCCAGCUCUGAAACUUGGCGAUAUCGACAGCUUGUUUCAGUUGUGGACAGAGAAUUCCAGAAGCAGUUAAGGUAGGGCUUGGUGCCUUUCUUAACCCGAAUUUUGAGUUGUGACUGUGAAACUUACUGGAAAUCUGACCUGGGUUUUCAAGAACUAUGUCAGCUGAUAACUGCGGGAUUGACGAGGACCAAUGUACACCAAAGCCAUGUAAGGCCGGCCAGAACCCGGCGGAGACUAACCACGAGCGAAACGAUAUUAACUCAUUUGACGACAUAGAUCCAAAGAAGGCCGAGGAAACGGCCAGGAAAUUAUUCGGUCACAGCACUAAAUAUCUUCUGCCCGAGCAUGCCGAGCGAGGGAAGACACAUCAGCGGUCGAAAUCAUUGAAGGAAGUCGGGGAAAAGCCACCGCCCUCCCCCACUAGGCGAAAAUCAGUACGCUUCGCGGACGCCCUUGGAUUGGAACUCACGGACGUCAAGGUCAUUACUAAUGCGGAGCGAGAGCUGCCGCCGGAAAUACCGGCGCAAGUGCUGCAGUCUCUCCGCCGGAGUCACGAAGAGCUGACGGAGGCUACGAAACAAUUUAUCGAGAAGCACAGAUACCUGACACCCCUGUUUAAUCAGCCUGGGUCCGCUCGGGAGUUUUUAGGAAAGGUGUUCACACAGGCAGUGUGUUUGGAAAGCGCCGUGGUGUCCGAUAUGACCAUCUUAGGUACGAUACGCGUGAGAAAUCUGCAUUUCGAGAAGAAGGUGGGUGUACGAUGGACGUACAACGACUGGAAACUGUGCUUUGACGCGCCCACAGAAUACGUACAUGGGUCUUCUGACGGCACUACCGACAAGUUUUCCUUCACAAUCACCGCACCAAACAACAUGGAAGUCGGCGGGAAAGUGGAACUGUGUGUGCGCUUCGAAAUCCCCGGAAACACAUUCUGGGACAACAACCAAGGUCACAACUACGUGUUCGAGUGUUUCAGUCAGGGAUAUAGUACCUUGUCGACGUCACCCGACGAUUCUUUGUGGCGUUUUACCUGAUUUUUCCAGGUGUGUGACAGUUCUUGUAAUGCCACCCCACUCCCUGCCUACGUUAGUUUUGUCUGUUAACUACUGCUGUUUAUAGUGCAGUUCGUGAUAGUGAACUUCGACCUUUAUUUAUUUGACCUUUAUUUAUUCAUGCAUGUGAUGCACCGGGCUGUUCCAUUAUGAAAAGGGACUUCUAGUCUAAAUGUUUUGCAUAUUUUUAGUAGUAUUACACCUGUCCCUACAUUAUUCAGUCCUUGUACAGUAUAUAUGCUCAUGGGUGAGUUCAAAUCACCGCUGUAUUUUAUUGCAUACAAAAUGUACAUACCUUAUCCUAGGCCGUAUCGGUCCUUGUUUGGAUUUUCGUCUUUUUUGUCCAAAUCCAUAAUGUGAUAACUAUGUUACAUGUAUAUAGAAUGGAAUCGUAAUCCUAGAUGUGUCGAAGGUAUUAUAUUUUAAUCGCAGAGUCGUUUUGCAGCAUUCAGAUGUUCAUAUCUUAGAAAUAUGUGCACUUCCCCAGCCUUGCCAACACUUCUGUGAUUUUGAGAAUAGCAAUAUAUGAUUUGAUAUAUAGAUUAGAUAAUUUCGUCUCCGUGUACAAAAUGUGUUUGUUAGAAAAUGGGUGAACUUUUGAGACGUAAAAAAAGCUGCUUCGAUUGGAUCCGCAGAACAUGACUGGAUGACUAUGCAAAAUGGAAGUGAGUGGAUAUGGUAAAAACCGCAUGUUAUUGAGGGUGACGUUGCAAAAUGUCAGAAACAGUAUGGACAGUCGUUGGUUAGUAAAUAUUUGCGAACUGUGAUUUGUAUACGUCACCCAAUGACUUAAAUAUUGUUAUUGUCAUACAGUGCUAACAAUUGGACGAACACUGUGUGUUGCUAGGCGCAGAAAUGUUAAAUAUUGGUGUUACAGACUGCUGAGCGGUUGUGUUUGAUAUAGAAUGAUUGACGUGUGCAUUGCACGACUGCUCAAUUACCCAACCACCAUCUGUCUGACCUUGAGAACUAUUGGAGAGGAAAUCAGAUUGUAAUAGAGAGAACAGGUCAAAGUAAUUAGUAGUCCGUCAAUUAUGUCCAGAGGGAGGGGCCAGUUGUACAUUUUUGAUUGUUUGACCCAUUCUUGGUCGAACGUUAAAACGUCAUGGAAUUUUGCCAUGUCAACACGCAAUGAGCUGGCCUCGUUACGUUUUAAGUAUAUGGUCAAAAGCAAAACAUACAACAGACAGUUGUUAGAGCAGUAUGUGGAAGUUGAGGGUGUUAUUUCACGUUCAGUAGAAACGUGUACGUGUAACAGAGGCAGUGAAGUGGGGAGGGUUUCCAGAUGAUUUGACAUUGAGCAUUCCCGUGGAGGUCAGAAGAUGGGGCUUGGGUAAUAUUGUGCUACCGUGUUUGCACGAUAUGUACUAAAAAGAUGAAACAUCGGCAAGAACAAUGCAUAUGGAUUUUGAACAUCAGACAGAUGAAAGUCCCUCCAAAUUAUGACUGUAUAAAUGAUAUAGUGUUUCGAUGCAGUCAUUGGAAUCCCUUUGCGGGUUGCGUUUGCUUGCCUUAAAAAAAAACCAAUGCCAUUUGCCCUGCUCUUGACCAUAUGUAUUUAUAGCUUGUCGGAGGUACCCAUGGCCUUGCACUAUUUUGAAACAUCGCAAAAAGUGUGAAAUAUAUGUUGCACAGUUGUUGAUAUGGCAAGUAGUGUACAUAAACGUAGUCUUGAACUAGCUGCUACCAUUUCUCUUGAAAACGAAUGAUGUUUAAGCAUAAACUCUAUGAAAAGAUGUUUGAAAAGAAAAUAUAAUUUAUGUAUCGAGAAAA